GGUUGAUUCAAGCUCAAGGUUCUGUUGUUGUACGGAUUUCAAAUGUCUAAAGCCAUAUUAAUUCACACUUUCUGGUGCCAGUAACAUUCCACUGCAUAACUAGAUACUGCAGCUCAAAUGGAACGUCUAACAUUAUUUCACUUACGGCAAGUGGAUAGGAGUAAUGAACCAGAGACGAAUACAAUCCUUGAACAAAUAGCUACAGAAAAUCUUGUUCGGAAGGCCUACAAUGAAAACCUUCGUCAGUGGAAAGAUGAAGCACUCCGGCUGUUCAAAGUGAAUCAUUUUUGAACAAUUGGAUGCAAGUCAAUCUUGGUUGGCCUACUGGAUGGUACAUAGUUUAGGCUUGUUGAACGCUGAGAUCCCGGAAGAAAUGUUUCUGAAGCUGAUAUCAUUAAUAGCAGAUAUGCAGGACCCAAAUGGCGGCUUCGGUGGAGGACGUUAUCAAUUUCCCCACCUUGCAACAUCAUAUGGUGCAGUUAACUGUUUAGUAUCACUGCGUCGUCGAGAUGCUCUAGAUAUUAUCAAUCGAGAUGGUUUAGCUAACUGGUUACGGAAACUACACCAGCCAAAUGGUUCUUUCUUAAUGCAUAUGGGUGGAGAGAUUGAUGUUCGAGGUGCAUAUUGUGCUAUAGCAGUGGCUAGAUUGACAGGACUUCUCAAAAAAUAUCCUGAUUUGUUUGAAUCAACUGCAGACUGGGUGGCUAGUUGUCAGACCUAUGAAGGUGGUUUCGGCGGUCAACCAGGAUUGGAGGCACACGGUGGUUACACUUUCUGUGCUGUCGCGGCAUUGUGUUUUUUGGGUAGAUCCGAUCUAAUUAAUUUGCCUAGACUAUUGCAUUGGGCAAGUCGCCGUCAGAUGGCAACUGAAGGUGGUUUCCAGGGUAGAACAAACAAAUUGGUGGAUAGUUGUUAUUCAUUUUGGCAAGGUGCUCUUUUCCCAAUGGUUGAAGAAUUGUUAUGGUUGUCAGGUGAUCCUGCCCUCAGUGAUACUGACACCUUAUAUAACCCAAUUGCUUUGCAAGAAUAUAUCCUACUCUGUUGUCAGGAUGUAUCUUACACACGUCCAAGUAUAAGUGUGCACCAUCAUGCAGACGAUUCUUCUUCAUCAAGUGAAACAACAUCUAUAAGCAGAAAUUCAAGUUCAGAAGAGAAUAUCUCUACUUUUGACACUGGUGGUGGUGGUGGACUAAUUGAUAAGCCUGGUAAACAUCCUGAUCCUUAUCAUACAUGUUAUGCAUUAAGUGGAUUAAGUCUAGCACAACAUUCUCCUCGACAACAUAACCAUGGACCAUCACCAAGAGAUAAAAGCAAAUCUGACAAUCUCUCUUAUCCAUCUUCAAUUGUCGACCUGUUGGGUGCAGAGUUUGGAAAUGAAUUGGUUGAUUUAAAUCCUUAUCAUAAUAUUAUCCAUGAUAGGCUAGCAUUUACUCUGACGUAUUUCAAUGAGUUAGACAAUGGUCAAUCCGUGGAGUGUGCAGAACACUUGGCUUUAAAAGCUGCUGAAGCGAUUCUCACCUACACAAUGUAG